CGAGAGCAGGCGGCGGCGUCGCCGCGAGAGCGGGCGCAGCGCUGCGGUAGGAGGUCGGCGGAGAAGGACGGAGCCAGAGCCGCUGCGCUCCCGCCGCCGCCGCCCGCCGCCCGCCUCAACCCCCCCUUUCCCUUCCCCUCCCGCCGUCCCCCCUGUUCCACCUCCUGCUUCCCCCUCCCCUUCCUCCCUUUUGUUUUAGUUUUUAAUCCCCUGGCCACCGAACAGGAGGAUGCCGCGUUCCGGGCCGCUCCCCGCCGCCCUUUCGCUGCUCCUGGCGACGGCUGCGCUCCUACCGGGACCCGCCGCGACGCAGAACGAGCCCAGGAUCAAUGCCAGCGAGGACGUCGUCAUCCAUGUGUAUGGCCCAGCUGUCACAUUGCAGUGUAACCUCACCACCAGCCCCAGCCCCCUUUCUGCCAGUUACUGGGUGAAGAAUGGAGAGGAGAUCCCUGGCACUAGAAAAUCUACUAACACUACAGAAUACAAGAUUUUGAAGCCCAGAGCAGAAGAGUCAGGGGAGUACUUGUGCGUGUUUGUGUUCUCAAACUCUCCCAUAGCCAACGCCACCAUAGAAGUGAGAGCUACUCCUGACAUCACCGGGCACAAGCGCAGCGAGAACAAGAACGAGGGGCAGGAGGCUCUGAUGUACUGCAAGUCUGUGGGCUUCCCACAUCCCGAGUGGGUCUGGCGCAAGAAGGUCAAUGGAGUGUUUGAGGACAUCAACAACUCCUCUGGCAGGUUCUUUAUCACAAACAAAGACAACUACACCGAGCUCAGCAUCACAAACCUACAGAUCAACGAGGACCCCGGCGAGUACCAGUGCAAUGCCACCAACCAGGUCGGCUCCGUCUCGGUCACCACCAUCCUGCGUGUGCGCAGCCACCUGGCUCCCCUCUGGCCCUUCCUGGGCAUCCUGGCAGAAAUCGUUAUCCUGGUUGUCAUCAUAGUCAUUUAUGAGAAGAGGAAGAGGCCGGAUGAAGUCCCAGACGAUGAUGAACCAGCUGGGCCAAUGAAAACCAAUUCCACAAACAAUCACAAAGACAAAAACUUACGCCAGAGAAACACAAAUUAAAAACGCUCAUCAUAGCUUUAAGUUUCUGAGAGACUGAUGGCAAUAUGACCUGCUAAAUUUAAGGGUUGGAACUCUUGGUUCUAGAACUCCAGUUCUGUCUGGUUGUUAUUCUUCUUUUCUUUCUUUUUCCUUUCUCCUCCUUUUCAAGUGAGCAACGAUAUGACUGUCUAAAGCAUGCCUUAUUUAGCCUCUCCUGUAAGGGUGACCUAGCCAUUUUACUAAUGCUUCCGUGUAGAAGGUGUAAACUCUUUCGGGCUUCGAUGUGCUGUGAAUGUCGCUUCCUUCUUUCUCUUUUGUUUUGAGUUGCUUUUCUUUCCCUCCCCUCUUCCCUGGGUCUAUUUAAGCAUUAGGAGUAGCGAGUCGGUCGCUUGCCCGCAUGCGCCGUUUUUUCCUUGCCGUAGCUGUUAAGGUUGGCAGAGCUCCCCCCCAGCGCGCCGCUGCCAUCUCCUGGGACUUGUGUGGAGCGUGGAGGAACUCGGAGAGCCCGAGGAGGAGGAGGAGGGGUGUAGGUGCGCGGUUCUAGCCGGGGCCGGGGUGGGUGAACCCAAACGACAGUCACCGUGUUUCAUUUCGAAGCUGCUGAUGUUCAUUCCUUCCUGUGUGUCUGAAAGCGGAGAGAGUUAAAGGUGCUGGGAACUUAGAAACCCUGGAAUCGAUCUCAAGGGCUUUAACCCACGGAGAGAGGGAGACGCGGUGGGGGGAGGGGGUGUGUGUGGUGGUGGUGGGGGCGGUGCGUGUGUGUGUAUGUGUGUGUGUGUGAUGGAGGGGAGGAGGAUAUCCUCCAGUCAGGCUUCCAGAGGCUGGGAUGAUGGUGAGACUCGCUGGUGGUGGAAGGCAGUUGAAAACACAAAACUUUUUGGUUUAUAAAUAUAUAUAUAUAGAGAGAGAUGAAAUUGCUUUUUAAGUGAUGAUGAUGAUGAUUUUUGUUUGUUUUCUUAUGUUAACUCCUGUAAAUUCUCAAAUCCUUUUGCACUGAUGUGUUCAACAUAUUCUUGUACAUUCAAUUCAGGCAGACUUUUAUAAUUUCUCUUUGAUUUUAUUUUUUGGGGGGGGGGAGGUUUGGUUUAUUUGGGCUUUUUUUUUGUUAUUUUUUUUUGGGGGGGGGGGUUGGUUUCAUUUUGGUUCUUGUUUUGAUGAUGAAAAUGUUACAGCAUGGUGAUAUUCUAUGCAACUAGUUCCAAAUCUGAGUUUGACACUGUAAUUUUCCUCCUGAUCUCAAAAGAUUGUAGAAAUAAGAGAACCUAAAAGGGUUUGGUUUUUUUUUUUUGGGGGGGGGAGGUUGUUUCAGUUUUUUUUUCCCCUCCCCCUCCUCUCUCAUGACAGUGAGUAACUGUAGCUGCAUGACCUCGUGUUCUGUGUAUUUGUUGAAGUGCAAUGAUGUAUAAACAAAACAACCAGAGAAAACAAAGUGGAUUCACCUGUUUUUAAAAAUAAAACACUGACCAAAAAAAAAAAAACCAACAAAAAAAGACAAAACAAACACCAAAAACCAACAAAAA